AUGAAAUCGUCCAUGGGAAUUACGAAAAUCGCGGCAGUUCGUUUCAUGUUCGUUCUGCAUUUAUUUUUGAACGUGAAAAUGUGUGUCGGCUUCGUCGGCGAUGCCGUGGCCGCUGCCAGUGACAGUGACAUUAAUUACGACGACGACAACAGUGGCGAGUGGCCGGGUGGAGGAGCACGCGGUCCACCGCACUCCUGGCCACCGUCGUCCUCAUUUUCGUCUUCGUCCUCGAGCAGCGUGCCGGCGCCCGAUAAUUUGGUUCGCUGGAAAGAUCAUCAUCAUCACAACCAUGGCCAUGCCCGAAUGUCCCGAAUGCAUCACGUUCGGCACGAGCAGCACUACGUGCAAGGUCGUCCUGCGAAGGGCCCGGCGAGGCAUCCAAUAUCGGCACCGGACGAAUCCUCGGUGUCGCUGCCGGUGGAUGCCUUCCGCACUACGGUCCACGGACCGCAGCAAAAGUCACGUCAUUCGCACCACAAUCACCGCAAACAUCACAAGCAUCAUCCGAAACCGUCCUCGUCCUCUGAGUCGUCCGAAGAAGCCGCGGCCGAUCCGGCCACCAAACAGGUCGUGCACCGGUUCGAGGUGCAGGAUCUCGGUGCUACGAAAGAAGCACACCGUGGCUCAAGAGGAUCCGUAAGUCCAGUGGUCGCUAACAACAGGAAGCGCUCGGCGUCCACGUUCCACUCGGCGAUGUCCUCGCCGCCGCCCGCUGACAAUUCGUUGUGGCUCGCGGACGAACCAGCGCGACCAUCCGGGACAAAGCCGUCCGGGAAGACGUCCGGGAAGACGCAGUACACGCUCCGUUCGGCCAACCCGCACAGCAAAAACUACUUCGAGGAGCUGCUCAACAACUACAAGAGCCACUCGCCUCUGUACAAAGACCACCAGCCACCGCCGUCGCCGCCGCCGCCACAAACCAAAGCCCUUGCGCAGGGCCACUCCCGGGACAAACCCCGGCCGAGGCAGGGUACCGGAACCGGGUUAGUGACGAAAGCGAAAGCGAAAACUUCCGAUACCGCGGAGUACGACUACUCGUACGAGGACGAGCAGGAUGACGGAGGCGUGCAGAACGACGGGACAUUCGGAGAGGCGGCGCCGGCCACUACCAGCACCACCACGAAAAUGCCCUCCACAACGCAGCCCCAACAAGCCCAGGGGUUCGCCGAGGAGGAUUCGAGUGGUGCCGGGGAGCCCGGCGACGGCGAUAGUGGCUACAGUGCGUUCUACCAGAAGGCCUACACCAUGCAGAAGAACCCGCGCCGUAGUGGGAACAACCUUUACAACAGUCUCGGUGGUGCUCCGAGGGCCAACCAUCAUUACGCGCCCCGACCGCACGGCAACCCGGUGGACCCGGCCCGGCAAGUGAGCGUCCCAAAGCCGUACUCGUCGAUGACCGAGCUAAAGCAGGUCAAUUUCGGUACCAAAGAUGCCGUCGAUCGGAUCUACAGUCAGUACAGCGGGCGAACCAAGGACUACAUUGGCCACCAGGCACAGCUGCACUUUGAGCGCAUCAAGGUGGAAGGUUUGUGCAAGGUCCCGCGCCCGAAGCUGGUGCCGGCCUCGACCAACCGGUCGCUGGAUUUUCGGCCCCACCGCACCAUCCUGCACCGGUGCGACGACGAAACGGGCUGCUGCAUGCCGUCCGAGACGUGCGUCCCCAAGCACACGGCCACGGUCGAUCUGUAUUUCUACGUGACGCGAGCGCUGACGUUCGUCAACCACACCGAGUGUCACUGUGUCCAACGGGGCGGCGGCGGCACUAGCAGUAGCAGUGGUCAGGCGGCCAGCAGCAGCAGUCCACCGGCCAGCAGUGGUGAGAGCCCACCAAAGUCGCCCACCGUCGUGUGUCGGUGUCCGAAACACUUCAAGGCCAUCGUCGACAGCGAAUCCGAGUGUUACUGUGACUGUCUGGCGGACAAUCGGGACUGCAUUCGGUUCAAGGAGGGCCUCGAAAGCUUCUCGAUGGAUGACCGAAGGUGCAUUCUGAAGAGAAGCUGCUCCGCACCGCUCUGCAAGCACGGUACGUUCGAUCGGAUCGCCGGCAAGUGCCCUAAGAAGACCGACCGGAUGGACCAACUGUUCUCGUCGGCGGUGUACCGGUGA